AUGGAAGAACACCCUCUGGGAGAAGAGGAAAACCAAGCCCGAAGGGGAGACAACACCCGGGGACGAGAAGAGGAUGAGAACCAGGGAUAUGACUUCCCUGAUAACACCCAGCCAUCUAGGCCAAACCACCAAACCCGACGGCAACUUGAGAAACAACAGAGGAAGAGUACCAAGGCUGGACUUAAUGUUGUCUCACUGAACCUGAAUGGAUAUGGGGGAACUGGACCCUACCAUAGAGGAAACCGUUGGACCAGACUAAACACAAUGCUAAAGGAAAACCGGAUUGGGAUUGCAAUAGUACAGGAGACACAUAUGACAGAGCCGAAACGAGCACAAACAGAGUAUGUGUUCCGCAAACAAAUGAAGAUUUUUGCUUCGAAUCACCUAACUAAUCCAACGGCAGCAGGAGGUGUAGCUGUGGUACUGAACAAGCAGUUCCUCCCCACAACAGGAGCAGAGUCUAAGGAGAUCGUGCCAGGAAGAGCCUUACUAGUGAAAACAGAUUGGCAUAGAGGAGAGAAGAUUACAGUCCUAGCGAUAUAUGCCCCAAAUGUAACGGCUAAUGAUGGCACAGAGAGCGCAGCAUUUUGGGAGGACCUGCGGUCCUUUUUCGGGCAUCCCGAAAACCGGCAAUGGAGACCAGAUCUGGUGGCAGGGGACUUUAACAUGGUUGAGGAUGCCAUUGAUAGACUCCCAAUGAGGAAUGACCCAUAUGAGACAAGGGAUAAACUAGAUGACCUCAAGAUGGAACUGAGGAUACGUGAUGGCUGGAGAAACACGUACCCUGCAGACAAGGUAUUCACCUUCUCCAGAAACGAGAGCCAAUCUAGACUUGACCGUAUCCAUGUCACGGAGAAGCUGCUGCAGUCCUCAAGCCAGUGGAGAAUAACGCCAGUUGGGAUAGACGGUGUAGACCACGAAAUGGUAUCCGUGAGAGUGGCACAUGAAGAUGCGCCAAAAGUAGGACAAGGAAGGUGGUCCAUGUCCAUAAAAACCCUGAGGAAUAAAGACUUUCGAGCCUUUGCAAAACAGAGAGGAUUAAAAGCGAUUGAGGAAAUUGAUGCCCUGCCAGUACGCACAGGUCAGCGGAAUGCUCAAAGAAUACUGACAGAAUAUGUAAAGGAUAUAACACGCAAGGCAAGAGAAAUAGAGCGGACUCAGAUCUUGGAAUACCAGCAGGAAAUAUCAAGAGUGCAGAGGGAGAUCCGGCGGAUUGGGAGCACUAGUGGAAUGAACGAGAGAACAAAAGCAGGAAAAAUUCAUGGUCUAAAGAAACAACUCAAGACAAUGGAGUCCAAAGGUAACGAGGCCAGGAAACGGCUCGGCGCUGCGAAAGAUAGACUGAUAGGAGAGACUAUAUGUAAAGAGUGGGUCAGCGCAAACAAGGAGUGGAAACCCCGAGACAUGAUAUAUGCACUAGAAAAGCCACAACAGGCGACCCAAAACCCAACUGCAAAUCAGGAUGAACCCCUCCUCCCCAGAGUGCAAUAUGAGAAACACUCCCGCCAAAUGGCAGAACUUGCCAAGGACUACCAUGAGCAACUGCAAACAAAAGGCCUUGAACAAGACCCACAACAGCAGGAGCAAGCAACAGUGGAAGUCCUGGGCUAUCUAGAUGCAAAGCUGUCAGAGGCACAGAAACAGUAUAUGGGAGAGAAUCUCGCCUGGGAAGAAGUGGCAGGAGCACUCAAACUCUCCAAAACAGGGAGCUCGGCAGGAAUCAAUGGAACCACUUACGAGUUCUGGAAAUCAAUAGCGGAUGCAUACAGAACAGAUAGCAAGAAGGAGGAUACAGCUGCAUUUGAUAUAGUCAAACUCUUGAUGGAGGCCUUCGUUGACAUACAGACCUACGGAGUAGAUGAUACAACAAAGUUUGCAGAAGGAUGGAUGUGUCCCAUCUACAAAAAAGGUGACCGAAAUGUGAUUGCAAAUUACCGACCAAUUACCCUCCUCAAUACGGACUAUAAACUGUUCACCAAAGCACUAGCAAUGCGACUG